AUGGGUGGUCAGAUGCAGGGUUACGGAAGUCAGUACGGCGGCAUGCAGCGGCCGAUGGUGAACCAGAACAUGAUGAGCAUGAACGGCAUGAACAACAUGGCCAACAUGGGCCACAUGAACGGCAUGGGCCACGCCGGGCCGAUGGGCCAAGGCAUGCAGGGCAAGAUGGGCAUGCAAAUGCAGCCGGGCCGCGCCGCCCCCUACCCCAGCCCGGCCAUGCACCUGGCGCAGAAGCGGGCCCAGUUCCCGGCCGGCGUGGCCCCGCAGUACGGCGGCGGUCAGUACGGCGGCGCUGUGGGUCAGCGUGCCGGCGGACCGCAGUACUCGCAGUACCCGGUACAGCAGCCGCUGCCCUCCCAGUUCCCCCCGAACCAGGGCGUGCUACGGCCGGGCUUGAGGCCCACCUCUCCGUACGCCGGCCAGCUGCCGUUCGGCCAGACCGCCCAGUACGGCGGCGGCGGCGGCGGCGGCGCUGGGGGCGGCGCUGGGGGCGGCUCCUUCGCCUGUGCUCCCCUCGACGGCGCCGCCGCCAGCCCUAUGAACAUGCCGAACGGCGCGGCCGGCAUGAACAUGAACAUGAACGGCAUGAGUGGCAUGAACUCUAUGAGUGCGAUGUCGGGUGGCGCUGGCGGCAUGGGCAUGGGCGGCCCAGGAGUGCACCAGCAGCAUCAGCAUCAGCAGCAGCUCCAGCAGCAGCAGCUCCACCAGCAGCAGCUUCAACAGCAGCAACACCAACAGCAGCAGCAACAGGGAAUGUCGCGCCCGGUGUCUGGCAACACGAUGAACUACCAGCACUCGCCGAUCCCUGGCAACCCGACGCCGCCGCUGACGCCGGCCGCCGGGCUACCAUAUCUGAGUCCCGGGGCGGAUGUGAAGCCGAGCCUGAUGCACCUCAACAGCACCAAAGACGAUGAGCUGCGGCUAACGUUUCCGGUGCGGGACGGUAUCGUGUUGCCGCCGUUCCGGCUGGAGCACAACCUGGCUGUCAGCAACCACGAGUUUCCCCUGAAGCCGACGGUGCACCAGACGCUGAUGUGGCGGUCGGACCUGGAGCUACAGCUCAAGUGUUUCCACCACGACGACCGCAACAUGGACACCAACUGGCCGGCGUCGGUGCAGGUGUCGGUGAACGCCUAUCCACUGAACAUCGACCGCGGCGACAACAAGGGCUCGCACCGGCCGCUCAACCUGAAGGAGUUCUGUCAGCCGGGCCGCAACACCAUCCAGAUCACCGUCACCGCCUGCUGCUGCUCGCACCUGUUCGUGCUGCAGCUGGUGCACCGGCCCAGCGUCCGCAGCGUGCUGCACGGCCUGCUGCGGAAGCGACUGCUGCCGGCCGACCACUGCAUCAACAAGAUCAAGCGCAACUUCAGCUCGUCGACGCUGAGCGGCGCUGGCGGCGGCGACGGUGACGGCGUCGAGCAGACCGCCAUCAAGAUCUCGCUGAAAUGCUCCAUCACGUACAAACGGAUCACGCUGCCGGCCAGGGGCCACGACUGCAAGCACGUGCAGUGCUUCGACCUCGAGUCCUACCUGCAGAUGAACUGCGAACGGGGCGCCUGGCGCUGUCCCGUCUGCAGCAAGCCGGCGCCACUGGAGGGGCUUGAGGUGGACCAGUACAUCUGGGGCAUCCUGAACUCGCUGCAGAACUCGGACGUCGACGAGGUCACCAUCGACGCCUCCGCCAGCUGGCGGGCCAGCAACGGCGCCACCGUCAAAAAGGAGGAGGAUACCCUGUCGGAAGGCAUGAGCCAGUGCAACAAGCAGCGGCUCAAGGCCAUGAGUCCGGCCUCCAUGCAGAUGCCCACCAUGUCCAGCUGGGAGGGGGCGCAGAGCAUGUCCCCCUACUGUCCGCCGGACAUGACCAGCAUCAACAACGGCUCAAUGAUGCCGUACUCGGCCGCGGGCGGCGCCACCGGCGGUGUGACGUCAUACACGGGCAACGCCGAGCCGGACGGCAGCGCGCUCAGUCAGCUGACGGACUCGGUCCAAAAUCUGGACCCCCUCACCGCCAUGGAGAAGAGCAUGCAGGAAACGAUGGGCGGCCUGAGCGGCGGCGGCAGCUCGUCGCUGGCGCCGUCGUCAUCAGCCGGCCCCGCCGCCAGCCUACCGCUUCCCCAGACGCCGCACACACCGCACACACCGCUCACCCCCGGCUCGUCAGCCGCGCCCUCCUCCAAUGGCUCGUCGGUGGUCACGUCGUGCGCGCCGUCCGGCGAGGCGCCGACCAGCAGCGCAUCUGGUGGCGGCGAGCCGCAGCUGCCCGACCUCAGCGGUCAGCUGACCUUUGACCCGGCCGACAUCGCCGAGGGCGACAGCCAGGGUGGCCCCGAGGCGCUCGACCAGCUGUACACGGACAACAGCGUGGACCCCCUGGACCUGCUGUCGUUCCUGGACCCACCCGACCUGGCCACGCCGCCCAGCAGCGGCGGCUCGGCCCAGCAGGCCGCCGCUGGUGCUGGUGACGUCAGCGCCAGCACCAGCGCCACCGCCGAGGAGAUCCUCAGUCUGUUCGAGUGAGCAGCCGGCCUGGCGGUCCGUGUUCGAGGCGUAGGUGGCAGACUCUGGCUCGGGGCGUGACUCCGCGGCGGGCGGCGUUGGAUUGGUCCGAGUCGCACCGCCUGGCGAGAGAAAGCGUCUCUGGCUUGGGCCGCGCCUCUCGGGCGCAAUGUGCAAUACGGGGCGCGCCCGACGUGUUCGCACACUGCUGACAACUGCUUGUGAUAUACAAAGUAUGCAGCAUGUUCCUUUCCAUUGCAGCGACAGUGGUUACGUUUAGUGUACAGACAAUGCUGGCGAAAGGAGCGUGUGCGAUUUAUUUAAAUGUUGUGUAGAAAUCAAAAUACGCGUUAGUAAAUAGUCGUCACUGAGCAUGUACAAAAGGGGUAGUGAGCGAGAGGGCGCGCGCUAUGGAUUCUUAGCCACUUUUCUAAGCCUGUCUCUAGCAAGGUCAGACGUGACGAACAUUGUCCACUACCAGGCAGCGAAGGCUGGUCAACGAAACACUGCUACGACGCCCCAGCGCGCGGGGCGGGGCGCGCGUGCUGACGGUGGCUUGUCGCACCGCCCGCGCUCUGCUUGAUCGGACGUCACCAGUGAGCGAGUCCCUGAUUGGUCGGUUUCUGCGCGGGCCGGACGGGGCGACACCUGAUUGGUCCGGAGGCGCGCGCUCUGACUGGCCGGCGGCCGCGGGAGCUGUGUCUGUGUGUUAUAUAGCUUUAACUGAGGCUGGGCUAUAACCGUUGCGGACGGCUGCUGGCGGGCGCCCUCUGUCCCCCGUGGCCACGGGCGUCCAGCCUGGCGCACCAGCCAGCCGCCAGCCGCUCCCAAGUCUGAGCAGUUGCUGGGCGAUGGCUGCCGACGCCAUCGGCGGGGACACCAUCGGCGGGGGGCUGUGGUCCAGGGGGUGGUUCUUCAGAGCAGGACUGCGUUGGUCUGGGCUAGGGGCCGAGCCACUGCGUGUCUGCACGCCCUGCUUGGUUACGCGGCGGCCGAAAUCCGCUGGGUCCUGGCCCUGGUGUCGGCACCGGUCCCGGUCCCGGUCUUCAGGACCCCGGUCCCUCUUGGCACCUGGUGGUCUAGCAGGGACAGGGGGCGCUACCAGCACCGUCCGUCCCACAUGGCUUAUUUUCACUACCAUCGUAGGCAGCUAGUGACCUUUGCGUAGAGCGCUGGUUGGGUCGACGGCGGUGCGGGAACUGUGACGUCACUGGGGGAGGGAAGGGGAGGGGUACGGCAGGGAGCACGCCGCAACAGACACGGUAGCCGGCAGUGGAGGAGCACACGUUAGCUCUGUGUUCCUGCGCCCGUGUUCUGCAGGAGGGGUGCGAGUCCAAACGCGGCACGUUGGCAGCGAUGGACCAAUCUGGCAGCUUUCCAUCGUUCCUCCAAUCAUGUCCCAGCUCUGACGUUUUGGCCUAUCGCAAUUCGCGAUCUCAGAAGGCGGAAAACUGCUCGGCUGGUCGGUCGCUGCGCGCGCACGCUGCGUCUGAUGACGUCAUAGUUCACUGCGGAGCCCGCGGCCAAUCACAUCACAGUGUUUCAUUGCCGAUAGUGAAUGAAUACAUUUACCCAUGUGCAUGA